AGUAGGUACAACUUAUAUAUAUAGCGUAGGCUUGAAAAUAUUGAAUUCAAUCAUAUGUAUAUUGUACAUUAUACAACUGACCUGGCGUCUAAAAUAGGGAAAUAACCUAUCAGGAUACAUAAAUCCCUUAUGUCUCACUCAUAUUGGUUAUCGAAUAGUCAUGAAUGAAUAUAAAUACUGUAUAUUAUAUAUGUGCACAAUUGACCUUGUAUUCUAACCUAUCCAGAAGUAUUUGCGAAAUAAAAAAACAAAAUUCAUAGAGAAGAAAAUCUUUUUAAUUUGAUCAUUACAAUUAAAUAUACUACUUACUUCUGAUAACAUUUGUGAUAACAGUAGUAGUGAUAGUAGUAGAAGUCGUAUUAGUAGUCAUAGUCUUAGUAGUUGUUGUUGUUGUUAUUGCUGUCAUCGUAGUGAUGAUAUUCAAAGUGUAUUAUCUCUGAUGAUCAAUGUUUCAAUGGAUUAUUAGACAAUUUUAUUCAACAGGAAACGAUUGUAAAUUGAUUUAAAGAAAUUAAAAAUCACAAAAAAAGAAGAAAACAAAAAAAGGAGAAAACAAAAACAAGAAAAAAAAAAGAAAACAAAGAAGAAAGUGAUUAUUUUUGGGAAAGCAUUAUAUCAUACUUUAUAUAUAUCAAACUAUAUUCUUAAAUAAUAAACAAAUGGGUGGUAUUCAUUCAAAUAAACGAAUUAAUAAAACAGAAUUAAAGAAACUUUCAGCUAAAACACAUUUUACUGAAGGACAAAUUAAAAAAUGGUAUAAAGGAUUCAUUAAAGAUUGUCCUUCAGGUCUAUUGAAUCGUUCAACAUUUCUUAGUAUGUAUACACAAUUUUUUCCAGAUGGUAAAGCUAGAUUAUUCUAUGAACAUUUAUUUCGUACAUUUGAUCAAGAUGCUAGUGGAAGUAUUGAUUUCAAUGAAUUUUUAACAGCUAUUAGUAUUACUCAAUCAGGUAGUCCAGAGGAGAAACUUGAAUUGGCUUUUCAAUUAUAUGAUAUUGAUAGAAAUGGAACAAUUGAAGAAUAUGAAAUGACACAAAUUAUUAAAGCUAUUCACUUAAUGGUUGGUGAUAUUGACGAAGAGAAUAGUAAAACACCAGCAGAACGUACAAGAACAAUUUUCACUAAAAUGGAUAUUAAUUCAGAUAGUGUAUUGACAAAAGAAGAAUUUAUUCAGGGAUGUUUGAGUGAUGAACAUUUAUAUCGAUUACUUGCUCAGAAUGAUGGUCAAAAACAGUAGAUUUAAUAUAUUAUACAUGAAAUUUAAGUAAUGACAUAUAUUUACUACUAUUAUUACUUUUGAGUAAUAUAUAUUAUUCUACAAAAUAUUACACGAGUUGUCGAUUUGAAUUUAAUAAUUUUUCUUGUUAAAAUACAUCUUAUUGGAAAUAAUAAAUCAUAACAAGUA